ACCUACCCGAGGUAUCAAGGCAUCCAACCUCAAAGAGAGGAGGUCUCAACACUCAAGUCAUUCUUUACUGUAAGAUUGAAUAUUCCACUGAUUGGCAGUGGUUCAAAGAUGGCACCCCUCUUGCUAAUUCCAUGAACAGAGAAGAGCUAUCUCUACAGUUGACCAUAAGUGCACUAGGUUACUACAGGUGCAGUGGAUCUGGCAACGGUCCUCACCAAAAUGUUUUCGUCCACUCGUUGAGUGCCGCUGUGACUGUUAUUGGAGUUUCAACUUUUCCAGUUACUCUAGCGUUCUCAAAAUUGUUGUUUACUAAAAGUCUGCAAAAUCCUUCCAGUUCAGACUUCCAAGCGAUUUCUUCCAAUAUCACUGAAUUUUUGGAUGGCGAGUCUUUGCCCAGUGAUCCAUAUGUGCAAGUACUGGAUUUAAGAGAAGGUAGUGUGGUUGCAGACACAAACUUUUAUGUUUACAACUUAAACAGAUUGCCAAAGGAAUACAUUGAUAUCUUGUUGGCAGCACUGAUGGAGGCUGGAAAUAAUUCAAAUGGAUUUCUCAACCCUGAUCGCAUCAUCAUAAAUACAGCAGAAAUGUGUUUUGAACAGACUAUAAUGGGUUACACAUUUCCUGACACAUUUGUAGGAGAAACUGUUGAUUCAAAAGAAGAAUGUGAUGAAACAAGAAAAUAUUAUGGCCAGCCAGUGGCAAAUAAUACUUGCAUUGGUGACGGACUGACAACAGCUGUUUGGCAUCCUGAGCCGAUCUCAAAUUGUGGUGGAGAAGCAACUGCCGAAGAUCUCCUUGCAAGAAUAAUUGAU